CCAUUGCCUCUAUUAAAAAUCUUGCGAUACCUUCUACAGCUUGGCCCGCAGCAGUACCUUGACCAACUCCAGGUCCAAUAGAAGCAAGCCCGACAGCCAACCCAGCAGCAAUAACGGAAGCGGCAGAAACCAGUGGAUUCAUGAUAAGUUCCUCGCACCAAAAUAAAGAAAUGGUUAAUGAUACAAUCAUCCAAUGAAUUUAAAGUCAAGAGGUAAGGCUUGGUAGCUGUCCAUGCAAGGAAGCAAGCGAAGGAAAGGUGCCAAGCAAGGCAAAGCGGUACCAAUACCAAUUCCUUCCUUUCUAUGUCUUUCAUUCCGGGCCCUUUACAACUAUAGUAUGAAGCCAGUUCCUUUCCUGCGGCCACUCUGUCUUUUUCAUUCCCCACUUCAAUGCGCCAAUCAAUGCGCUACGCUGGCAAAAGGGCUGUCAGAAAGAGUCCAAUCCCGAGGAGAGUUCAUGCGUGAAGUUUCUUUGUUGAAUGAAGGUGAGUUCAAGGGCUUCUUUGAUCGGGAAAUGCACGCACUUCUUUGGUUGUCGUUAAGGUCCCUUCCCACAAAGUUCAAGAUGUCCCUUUCCGCUUCUCUUUCAGCUACUUCCCUCAUUGGGAUUGGUCAAGCUCCUUCACUUAUUGAUUAUCAUGAAAAGGAAAAGGUUCAAAGAGGCAUAUAUUCACUAGAAUUCCUAAAGAAAUUUGGGUGGUCAAGUGAUAUGUAA